GAUUUAGCUUCUCGACAAAUUGCUCUUAAACUGUCGGGCCAUCGCGCGCCACUAAUUGGCGUACAACUCGCACUUUUCCAGACUGAACGGGCCAUCACUGCGGAUUCUCAGGGCGUUUUUAAGGUUUGGGACAUCACCAGAGGCCACGCGAGUUCCACAAAUGCCAGUAUUUCACAAGCUGUGCAGUUGGAAUCCAUCGACUUGGGGAUGCCUUCAGUAUGCGUAGAGCCCGUUGCUUUUGUGACCAUGCAUCCUUACAGUCGAGAUAUGUGGGUUGUCACGUCUGGGAGCUGUACAUUGCAGCGUCUUCGCAGUGUUCGAGGACAGCAGUUCGAUGAGGUUCCACUUCGCGCAUUUUACCACUCUUCUGCUAAUAAAUUUGUGGUGGUGGCUGGCUCAGUUUGCAGUUUGUGGGAUGGAAAGACUGGAUCUUGUACCGAAGAGUUCGCACAUGUGGGAAAUCUGGGAAUUCAUGGAGCUACGAGCGCUGGAGGAUCAAAGAAAGAUUCCUCUGGGUCGAUACCUCCACCUACAGACUCAGUAACUCCCCCUAGAUCUGAUCAGUCCGUUCAUAACGAGGCAGGAACAGAGUUAUUAACCUGCGCACACGACGCGAAAUGCAGGAAACUGAUCGUCAUGUCGGAACAAGGAGCACUCAGUGUAUUUAAUUGCCAGAAUUUUGUGCUAAUGCGGCAAUGUCAAGAAUCAUUUUUGUCGAAAAUUCGUGUCCAGCGCAGAAAAACUGUGGCAGGUAAAAUACCAGCGAUAAAUUCUGGUUCAUCCUGUGCUGUUGUUGGGCUGCACUACUGCUCGGAAAAUAAACUUAUCAUCGUAACAGACGCAGGAACUAGUGCAAUUACCGUCAUUGACGAUAAUUCCAAUCAAGAUUCAUCAAAAGGAAUUGGCAUUCUCCGACGUCUUAUCAACAUUCCUGCAGGAAUUUCCUCCAGUGCGUACAGUUUUCACGCGUCCAUUAUUGCAACUGUGGGUGCAGAUCCCGACGGGAUGAAGAUUUCGCUCUGGGAUUUCGAGACUUUCGCUCAUUUGGGAAAUUGUCGCUACGACGACCAAGACGAAGACCUCUCAAAAUUCAGCAAAGACGGCAACACUUUGGUCAUUCAAACGUUGGAGUUCUGGGACGAGUUCCCAGUUCUCGUGGCUGGUGACUCUAUCGGUGGUGUAUAUUUCUUCGCUGUCACUCCACUAUUACACGCAUAUACUGGGAAGUUGUUACAUGCAUUUGUAAACGACCACUGUUUCAAUCUUCGACGAUCUCAAGCCAAAUCUCGAAAUAUUCCCGAAAAUGUUGUUGUUGGCGAGAAUGUUGAAGAAAAAACUAACGAGACCGAGGCAGCGGAGACUGCAGCUCGAAAAUUAUUGUUGAACACGAAAAAGCGGAAAAACGCGUUGACGACGGUACCAGUGGUAAAACUCGAGCCUGAAGUAAAAUCACCCAUAGAAACUGCGUCUGCUGUGACGUGUAUGAAGGUGGUUUUUGACGAAGAAACGGAUCGGUAUUUGCUCUUUGUGGGCGAUGAACAAGGUUCUAUCGGGAUUUGGGACCCCAGUACUAUGCUGCAAAGACUGUCACUAGCUAAGAUUCCGGAGAUCAAAUGCAAAUAUUUGCGUCGUGGAUAUCAGCCAAAAGCCAUGUUUUAUCGUGAUUUUUUGAAAGACACAACUGGCGUAGACGGAAGUUCAAACCGCGAUAAACACCGACAAGCCGUAAGUCAUGGAUCUUCAAGUGAUUGGAGAGGGGCGAUGCUUCUUGGUGAAGAUAUGGAGCAUAUGAACGUUCGUGCGUCUCAUACCGACCUUAAAAAACUGUCACGACGUCGUCAAGAAAGUCGAGGACGCAGUGGUAACAUCUCGAAACUUCCUGUGCAACAAGCGAAGAAUCCGCCACGCACUCAUGUGAAAGAAACCGCAGUAGUAAAUGCUGUAGCUGCCGCGGAGUUUUUACUGCGCAAAGGAUCAACUAGUAAUUUACCGAAACAUCGCACUUCACGCAGUAAAUAG